AUGCAUCGCCUCCUCCCUCCUCGCGGCUGCCUGCUCCGACGCCUGUCCACGGCCUCCGAGACCUCCGCAGCCUUGCCCCAUCCACCGCGGCGCCCGCUGGCCGACUCACUCUACCGCCGCGUCACUGCCGUAUGGAACCCGAACCUCCCGCUGACUCCCGUGCUGGAGCAAUGGGCGGUCACGGAGGGCCGGGCCGUCGAGAAGAACAACCUCAUGUGCAUCGUCAAGAAGCUCGUCCGCCUCCGCCGCUUCUCCCACGCGCUCGAGCUGUCAAUGUGGAUGACCGACCGGCGGUACAUGUACCUGUCGCCUGGCGACGUCGCGUACCGGCUGGAGCUGAUCAGCAAGGUGCAAGGCCUCGAGAGUGCCGUGAACUACUGGAAGAGCUUGUCGAUCCAGGUGAAGAAAUCUCAUUGCUACGGAUCCCUCCUGAAAUGCUAUGCGGAGGCAAAGUCCGUCGACGAGGCCGAAAAGCUCUUCGCGGAGAUGCAGGACUUGGGAAUGAUGAGAUCAUAUCCUUACAAUGUGAUGAUGAAGCUUUACUGGGAGACCGGGCAGGUUGAGAGGGUGCACACCAUGUACAGGACCAUGGAAGAGAGCGGCAUCAAGCCUGAUGUGUUCAGUAUCAACAUUCUGUUGACGGUGCUUGCAGCUGCUGGGAAUUUUGAUGGCAUUGAGGAAAUUAUCAAGAAGGUCGACCCGAAGAUCGUGAAUUGGCACUCACAUGCCAUUGUAGCCAGGGCUUUCAUGGAAGCCGGGCAGCAAGGAAAGGCCUUGCGAGCUAUCCAGGAAUCAGAAAAGCAGAUAGGUCGGAAGGAUGAGAGGGUUGCAUAUGGGUUCUUGCUUUCCAUGUUUGCUGAUUUGGGAAUGAGUAGUGAGGCAGACCGGGUUUGGAAUGACAACAAGUCCAAAGUGCCGGUAUGCAACUCGAUGUACAUGUGCAGGAUAAGUGGGCUGCUUAAGAUGAAUGACAUUGAUAGUGCUGAGAAAGCCUUUAGAGAGUGGGAAAGUAGGUAUGUUCACCAUGAUAUCCACUUAACAAACUUACUGAUAAAUGCUUACUGCGCCAAAGGUCUUAUGGAGAAGGCAGAAGCUCUCCUGGAUGAAGCUAUCGCCAAAGGGAGGACACCUCACCGUGGUACUUGGUAUAGGUUGGCUAGUGGAUUUUUCCAGGACGGCCAGGUGUCGAAGGCGGUGGAUAUGACAAGGAAAGCUCUUGCUUGUGCGUCUUCUCGAUGGGAACCUGACCUAACAAAUGUGCUAAUGAGCCUGGAACAUUUCAUGGAGCAAAAGAAUGUUGAAGCAGCCGAGGAGAUGGCAAGCAUGCUACGGAAUUUAGUACCUUUGACAAGGGAUGUUUACCACAUUUUACUGGAGACAUAUGUUCAUGCAGGACAACCAGUGUCAGAUUUACUUGAUCGCAUGAAAAAAGAUGGUUUUGAGGCUGAUGAAGAAACAGAUAAAAUCAUCGCUGGAAUAUGCCAGUAG